AUGGGGCAUGGGGCGGCGGACGGGCACGCUGGGGUGACGGGCGGGGUCGCGGAGGCCGGGCAGAGCAUGCAGCACAUGCACGCGCACGGCAACUUCACGGGACACUUCCUUCCAGGGAUCUACAUGUCACUUUGGGGCGCGUACGUCUUGUUCUCGACCCUCUAUUGGAGCCUACGAAGGCCCGGCAGAGGACCAAUGCUGCCAAUGGGGGCCUGGUUCCCCGCCAACUUCAAGGUGCCAGUCAUCGGUAUGAGCAUGACCCUCCUGGAGCCUGUCUUUCUUAUUAGCACCACCGCCGUCUCCAUGUUCGGCGAGCUCUUCAACACGGAGCACGUCGUACCGGAGUGGCGCGCGCUGUACGACAAGCAGACCGGCUACACGACUUUCGACCAGGGCGACAUCAACAACUACCAGCACCUCCUCAUGUACGCCGGCUUCUGCUCCGCCGGCGUGGCCGCGGUCGCCGGGUACGCCGUGCGCUGCUUCGCCACCGCCUCGCGCGGGCCCGCCGCCGUCAUGACUCCCCCGGGGGACCUCGGCGUCGACGAGGAAGAGGCGGGGUCCGACUGCGCCGCCGCGCGGACUGCCGAGCUGCGACGGAUGCUGGCGGAGGCGUGCGACUACUUAAGCCAUUCCUUCCUCGUCCUCGCAUUCGCUAUCGAGGCCCUGCUCAUCAUCUUUCACCUCAAAGGCAGCGACGUGGAGCGCCGCGUCCACGAGCUGCUGCUGAUCACCGUCUUCGUGGGCGCGGUUGCGGCGACGUGCGUGUUCCGGUCCCCGCAGAGCGUCGCCGCGCGCGUCGUGAUGGCGUGGGCGCUGCUGACGCAGGGCACGUGGUUUGUGCACAUCGGUUUUAUUUUAUACGGGGGGGUGUCGCACUGGGACGGCCCGCUCGCUGCCAUGAUGCUGCCCGUGGAGCUCGGGGCGCACAUGCUCGUGGAUGGGUUGGUUGUGGCGACGGUGGCGGCGGGGACGAUGGUGCUGCGCGCGAGGCGUGCAGGGCGGCGCUUGGCGGAGCCUGUAAGUGCCGGGCACAGCGCGAAGGAUCGGCAGGGGGCGAAGUACUGCGCGCUGCGGGCGUGA